GCUAGCGUCGGCGGUGGCGGUGGCGCGCGGCCGCGGCAUCCGUGGCUCUAGGUCGCACCCUUCUGCCUACCGCCACUACCCCACUGCCUCACGCCUUUCCUUUACUCAUUUCCCGCACUGAGCGGGUCCUGGCCGCGCUCUCGCUCUUUGCGGUGUGCGCAGGCGCGGCGGGGGCGAUUAGCUCCGUUGGGUGGGCGGUGGAUCCCGGGAGCGCGCGGGCGAGACCAUGGCGGGUUGCAGCACAGGGGGCGUUGGUGCCGGGGAGACGAAGGUGAUUUACCACCUGGAUGAAGAAGAGACUCCCUACCUGGUGAAGAUCCCUGUCCCUGCUGAGCGCAUCACGCUCGGAGAUUUCAAGAGUGUUCUGCAGCGACCCGCGGGCGCUAAGUACUUUUUCAAGUCUAUGGAUCAGGAUUUCGGGGUGGUGAAGGAAGAAAUUUCAGAUGACAAUGCCCGCCUUCCCUGCUUCAAUGGAAGAGUGGUAUCCUGGCUAGUGUCAUCAGAUAACCCCCAACCCGAGGUGGCUCCUCCAGCCCAUGAGCCUCGGACAGAACUGGUGCCUCCACCCCCACCAUUACCCCCUUUGCCACCAGAGAGGACCAGUGGCAUUGGGGAUUCAAGACCUCCAUCCUUCCACCCUAAUGUGUCUGGCAGCCAUGAAAAUCUGGAUCCUGAGACAGAAACUGAGUCGGUUGUGUCACUGAGGCGGGAGCGGCCUCGAAGGAGAGACAGCAGUGAGCAUGGCGCUGGUGGCCACAGGCCCAGUGGCCCCUCCAGGCUAGAGCGCCACCUGGCUGGGUAUGAGAGCUCUUCUACCCUCAUGACCAGUGAGUUGGAGAGUACCAGUCUUGGAGACUCAGAUGAAGAUGACACUAUGAGCAGGUUCAGCAGCUCCACAGAGCAAAGCAAUGCCUCCCGCCUCCUCAAACGCCAUCGACGGCGGAGGAAACAGCGGCCACCUCGCAUGGAAAGGACCUCAUCUUUCAGCAGUGUCACAGAUUCCACCAUGUCUCUCAACAUCAUUACAGUCACACUCAACAUGGAGAAGUACAAUUUCCUGGGUAUCUCCAUUGUGGGCCAAAGCAAUGAGCGGGGUGACGGAGGCAUCUACAUUGGCUCCAUCAUGAAGGGAGGUGCUGUGGCAGCUGAUGGGCGCAUCGAACCAGGGGACAUGCUUUUGCAGGUGAAUGACAUGAACUUCGAGAACAUGAGCAAUGAUGAUGCCGUGCGGGUACUGAGGGACAUUGUGCACAAGCCAGGCCCCAUUGUGCUGACAGUGGCCAAGUGCUGGGAUCCCUCCCCUCAGGCCUACUUCACACUCCCCCGAAAUGAGCCCAUCCAGCCAAUUGACCCUGCUGCCUGGGUGUCACACUCAGCUGCACUGACUGGCACUUUCCCAGCCUAUCCAGGCUCCUCAUCCAUGAGCACCAUUACGUCUGGAUCCUCUCUGCCUGAUGGUGACUCCACAGUCCAUCCCCAUGGAAGGUUGGUUGGCUGGCCAUGGGUGGGAGUGGGCCCUGUCCCCUACUUCCCAUUGUCUUCUUUGUCAGGCUGUGAGGGCCGGGGUCUCUCUAUUCAUAUGGACAUGGCAUCUGUGACUAAGGCCAUGGCAGCUCCAGAAUCAGGACUGGAAGUCCGGGACCGCAUGUGGCUCAAGAUCACCAUCCCGAAUGCCUUUCUGGGCUCGGAUGUGGUUGAUUGGCUCUACCAUCAUGUGGAGGGCUUUCCUGAACGACGGGAGGCCCGCAAGUAUGCCAGCGGGCUUCUGAAGGCUGGUCUCAUCCGACAUACUGUGAAUAAGAUCACCUUCUCUGAGCAGUGCUACUAUGUCUUCGGGGACCUCAGUGGCGGCUGUGAGAGUUACCUAGUCAACUUGUCUCUGAAUGAUAAUGAUGGCUCUAGUGGGGCUUCAGACCAGGACACCCUGGCUCCUCUGCCUGGAGCGACCCCCUGGCCCCUACUGCCCACCUUUUCCUAUCAAUACCCAGCCCCGCACCCCUAUAGCCCCCAGCCUCCACCCUACCAUGAGCUUUCAUCCUACACCUAUGGUGGGGGCAGUGCCAGCAGCCAGCACAGUGAGGGGAGCCGGAGCAGUGGCUCAACAAGAAGUGAUGGGGGGGCUGGACGCACAGGGAGACCUGAGGAACGGGCCCCUGAGUCGAAGUCUGGCAGCGGCAGUGAGUCUGAGCCCUCCAGUCGGGGGGGCAGCCUUCGGCGGGGUGGGGAAUCUAGUGGGACUGGUGAUAUGGGCCCUCCUCCAUCUAGAGGCUCAACAGGAGGUACUCCCAAUCUUCGAGCCCACCCAGGGCUCCAUACCUAUGGACCUCCUCCAGGCAUGGCUCUCCCCUAUAACCCAAUGAUGGUGGUCAUGAUGCCCCCACCCCCACCACCUGUUCCUCCAGCAGUGCAACCCCCAGGUGCUCCUCCAGUCAGAGAUCUGGGUUCUGUGCCCCCAGAACUAACAGCCAGCCGCCAAAGCUUCCAUAUGGCCAUGGGCAACCCCAGUGAGUUCUUUGUGGAUGUGAUGUAGAGGGCACUCUGGGGUCAUGUUGGGUCUGUACCUUGGCCUGUCCAGCGUUGGCUUGGGUGUCCCUGUUCUGUGACUGGGUGUCUUGUCAAUCACCACCUUAUUGUUCCUUGCAGUGCCUGGGCUCAGCCUACCAUUUCAUUACCACUGUGACUUUCACCAACAGUGCCUGGUCCUCCCCCUUCCUUCAGGGGUAGACAAGGGACCUUUGGUUAUUUUUAGCUUUAUUGUUUUUUAUAAGCCUUUUGGGGGGUUGAAAUAGACUUUUUUACAUUUUUGGGAAUUUUUUAAAUAGACAUUUUCUUUUUUUGUAUGAAGAAUCCCUGUCUUCUGGGCCCCUUCUUCUAACCCCAGAAUGUGACCUCUUCUUCCAGUUGUCCAGUCAGCUCUGCCCUUUGCAGGGCCGGGGGGGUGAUCAGUGGUACACUGAGAGGAGGAAGGGGGUUGGACAUUCUAGACAGCAGUCCAAGGAAGCUGGGGUAUUUGGUAUUUGGGGGUUGUGUAGCUGCCUUUGUUAUUCUAUUUAUUUUAGUCACUUGUAUAAAACACCAAAUAAAGCAAUAGAGGCAAACUC